AUGACUGAACCGUUACAGACAACUACUAGUGCAGGUGCAGACCUCGAUUUGAAACCAUUCCCAUCAUAUCAUAACAAUACUACCGCCACUGCUUCUACUACUGCUAGUAGUAGCACGACUAGUGAUGAUAAUACUAUGAAUGAAAGAGAGUCGCGUACUAGAACAAGAACUAACUCCUUGAAAAUUUUACAAAAUGAACCGUAUAAGGACCAUCGUCGUAGACGGUCCUCGAGUAUCAUAUCACAUGUGGAGCCUGAAACAUUUGAAGAUGAAAACGAUCAAAAAGCUGUUCCAAACAUGAACGCUACAUGGGUGGAUCAACGUGGUGCGUGGUUGAUUCAUUUCGUUAUCAUUGCAUUACUAAAAGUCUUUUAUAAUCUUUUGCCCGGGAGCACCCCAGUUUGGUCUUGGACUUUAACUAAUACUACAUAUAUCGUUGGAUUUUAUGUUAUGUUCCAUUUGAUUAAGGGAACUCCUUUUGAUUUUAAUGGUGGUGCUUUCGAUAAUUUAACAAUGUGGGAACAAAUUGAUGAUGAAACUUUAUACACUCCAACAAGAAAAUUCCUAAUUAUUUUACCAAUUGCAUUGCUUUUAGUAUCAAAUCAUUAUGCUCAUUUCACUUAUAAAUUGUUUAUCUUUAAUUCUUUAGUGAUCCUAUUGAUAGGUGUCGUACCAAAAUUACCUUUAACUCAUAGAUUAAGAAUUUCUAUCCCAGGUAUUACAGGUCGUGCACAAAUUAGUUAA